AUGAGGAAUUCUGAGCCAGAUGACAGAGUGAGAAAAUUUAUUGAUAGCGAGCUGGGUAUGUGGCGGACAGAUUUGGUGAAGAACACUUUUGAGGCAGAUGAUGCUAAGCACAUUCUGGGAAUCCCUCUUUCUAGACGGAAUGUAGUGGAUAAACAAGUAUGGCAGCAUGAAAAAACUGGAGAAUAUUCUGUUAAAACAGCGUACCAUGUGUGCAUUCGGGACAAGGCGGCGAAGGAACCUGGGCCUUCUACUCCUCCUUCCCAGGAUCUUUGGAAGAAGGUUUGGAACGCUCCAAUUCACACCAAAAUAAAACACAUCUUGUGGAGACUUGCUAGCAAUAUUGUGCCUACCAAAACAAAUCUGCAGAAAAAAGGAAUAGUGUUGGAUGAAACAUGUGGUCUGUGUCAACAUGGAACUGAAUCAGCCAGUCACCUUUUCACUCAAUGGGAUUUUGCCAGAAGGGUUUUCUUCGCCUCUAUUAUAGGAUAUCACUUCAACAGAAUAAUUGACACUAAUGUUUGGAUGUUAGAGAUGCUGUCCAACAACAAUGUUUUCUUUGUGCAGGUGUCUUGUUACUUACUCCACCAAAUAUGGAAAGCGUGCAACCUCGGGCUCUAUCAGCAGAAGGAAGGUGAUCCUAUUAAAGUGGCUAUGGAAGCUUGGGAUGCAGUCAUGGAGCUUAACCAGCACAAACAAACAUGGGCGAAAAACAAAAAUCCUGAGAGUGUGGAAAAUGGAAGGACCUCAGUUGCUGAUUUUCAUACUGUUAGGGUCGAUGCUGGCUUAGGAGAGAAUGAUGUGGUUACUUUUGGCUGUGUGAUAUUGGACGAUGGGGAAAAUCCGAUGAUAUCUCUCUGCAAAAAAUAG